AUGGAAUGCAAUAUGCAAUCGCAUGACGUCCCUAGCCCACUCGCAUAUGCAUCUCUUCUUUCCUCUCCGCCAACUCCGCGGUCUUCUCCCUUUCGCUCCUCGAAUCAGACGAGAGAGACAUCCUCUGUGUGUACACUGAGUGACCAACGCCGCUGUGCAGAUCUCCAAGCAAGCAUAUACCCACUUUCUCGCGCCCCAACCCGCUUCCGUCAGCUGAGUAAGCUCACAGAUUCACCCACGACCCCCGACUACCACUCUCAUUCUCCUUACGGCGCGCCUUGUAUCCUGGCAUCUCGGUAUCUUGUAUCCUCCCCGCCCCCUCCCCCAAUUCUCCCGCCAACCGCCCGUCGUGAAGUUUCGCAUUUGUGCCACUCAAUGCCCGCCCUCAAGCGUACUCUCACGCGCCCCUCUCUCGCGCCCAUGUCCAUGCGCGACACGCGUCGGCAUCUGUUUACCUAUCCACCGUCUGCUAUUCCAUUCCUUAUAACACGCGGUUACUUGCUACCGUGA